AUGCUUCACGAGAUCCUCCUCUCCCUCUCUGGGCAGCCGUCCCCCCUCUUCGCUCCUCCCGGCAAGGCCAAGGCAAACGAAGAUGAUCUCCCCCUUCUUUCUCCUCCGGAAAAAGCGCUCCUCGGAUCGAUUGCCCAUCUAAGUCAACUCCACGCCCGGUUGCGUACAGGUACUGCCCAGAUCUCCUCGUCGCACAGUUCGGUGAUCGGUCGAUCGGUCUCGACUACGAUCGUAAACGUCCAUCUUGGUGACUUCCAGAGGAAGGUGCUUGAAGUUGAGAAAGCAAUCCUGUCAGAAGACAGCCUCUACGUGGGUGGUUGGGGAAUUGUUCCGCUAUCGACAAUUGUUGGAGAAUUCGACCCAUGGACUCGGCGCAUGGAGUGGCUGUGGGACGUGGUCAAAUUCAUUCAACCAGACAAGGAGGACUCUAAACGCCCUCGAGGUUGUACCGGUGCAGCACUCAUCGACUAUCUACGGACGGAACUUCAAACCGGCUAUGCUGAUAUUAAAGAGAUGGCAACGCGGCUGGUUAUUGUUGCUGAAAAUUCUUGGAUGAAACAACUUUCCAUGUGGGUGUUGUACGGAAAUCUCCCCAUGUACGGGAAGGACGACUUCUUCAUUCAAGAGGAUUUGACAAUCGAGGAAGAUGACGCGCAAUUUGCCAUGCACUUGGAUUUGCUCCCUCAAUUUGUCUCUGCCCCAACAGCAGCCUCAGUUCUAUUCAUCGGAAAAUCACUCAACCACAUUCGGGCAAAGCGAAAGGCGUCUAGAGGCAUUUCGACAGCACCAGUGACUCUCCACCAAGAGCAUAUCGAGCAGCUUAGCGGGCUGAAACCACCCAUAUCGCCAUCCAAAUUUACUGCUGCGAUUGAUUCGAUUCGUCUUUCGCUAUCACAAUCGACGCUAUCAAAACUACUUCCUCUUCCCAAAAUUCUGGAGAUGCUUACUCUGCUUCAUGACUUUCUUCUACUGGGGCGUGGUGAGUUCGCCGUGGCUCUGGUAGCACAUGCUGAUGCCCGUAUGGAAGAAAGCCGGCGACGGGGCCCAGCAGGCCGUGUGCCUGCACUUGAAGGGCUUCUCAUCAAAGAGGGCGAUGUGAUGGCAUCUUUGGCACAUGCAUGGGCGGAGCUCUUCUCAUUACAGAAGGAAGAAGAUCCAGCGGACGAGGAGUUGGAGUUGGCCCGCGAGCUGCUCCGCUUGUCUGUUUACGAGCGAAAGAGUGGCCGCGCAGCAACCCCAUCCCAGGGCUCAACUAGUAUCCCAGAGAUCUCAAAGGUCUCAUUCGAAGACUUGCUUUUUCCUACACCAACAUGUCUGACGGCCCAAGUCCGUGCCCCUCUCGAUCUAUUUCUCUCCAGCUCUGACAUUGCCAUUUAUUCUAAAAUUCAUUCAUACCUCCUGGGCAUCCGGCGGGCUCAGAUACGCCUCGGAGAUUUGUGGAAGCGCACGACUCUUCGUAGGAACUACCCCACACCAUGGGGCCCCCCUCGCAGCAACAGUGAUUUCGGUCAAAACAGGUUGAAAGCCCGUCGCGAGAGAGAUAAUGCGCGGACUCGACAGAUGCGGCCGGUGUGGGCAACCGCCAGUGCUUGUUUAUUUGUUCUCUCGGAGAUCGGAAGUUUCUUUCAAGGAGAAAUUGUUCACGAAUCUUGGCAGCAUCUACGCGAGUGGGUCGAAGAGGGGGCCAGGCCCACGACCCCUGCCUCUGCGGCUGCUUCCCGACCAGGCACAGCUUCUACACGAGCUCAGCAGCCAUCCAGAGCGUCUUCACCUGAUAAGGCGUCAACCCGGCCAUUUUCCGCAGCCGGGCCAGCAACUAUGGGGCGCCACGACCCCGAAGCCUUAACAAUAGCCCACCGUCGACACCUGUCUACGUUGGUCCAGUCACUAUUGCUUACUGACGUGCCCUUCACAAGCGCCCUGCGCGCACUCCUUACGAGUGUAGACCACUUCGUGGCGCUCGCCACGCGACUUGAAACCAUCCAACGAAAUAUGGACCUCGAGGAAGACGAAGGUGUGGUUGAUGCAUUGGUCGACUAUGGCCAUGAGGAGCGACAAAUAUGGGCAGAGCUCCGUGGCACCCGCGACCAAGUGAAAACAGGUAUCCAGGACCUCGUUACAAGUCUUCGAGACAUUGAUGACUACCGAGCCGCAGAUGGUUUAGGCCUUAAUGGUCAUGUCAGGCAUAAUUUCCCCGGCUCCACAGUGAAUACAAGUUCCGGCCCUAGUGCUGGUCACUAUGUGCCUCGGCAACCCGCGGGUGUCGAUCGACUGCUGAUGAAGCUUGACUUCGGAAGUUUGCGUGGUGUCGGAGGUGCGUUUCUUGCUACUAGCUUAUCCGAUCUUGGAUAA